AUGGCGACCUCAAGAUACGCCUUCAGUUACACCUCCCUCACCGGGUUCUACGACUCUGAUUGCCCCGGUUCGGGUUCGGUCCAGAUAUAUAAACGGGAUUUGGGAGCCAACAGUGUUCCUCGUGAGGACUUCAUUCGAAUAUUCCGACAACUUCGAGAUGAAAGAUCUCCAUCAGACCUGGCCUGUCGUUCAGGAAGGAACUGUCGUGAGAUCAUUGAUGUCUACCUCUACACUAAAAGGGAGGAGGAGGAGGACUAG